AAGUAUAUUUCCGCAAAUUUUCCGCGGUCAUUAAUAGUUUACGCAGCCACUGACAAUAUGUCGCAAAUAUGAAUAUUCAUAAAAUGCACAUAAAACCGGAAAACGUACUUAAAAGCUCGCUGACAAUUGCGAGACCUGGUCCCGCGUUUAUCAGUCUCCCUUCAGCGACGCGUCCACAUUUAUCUUUCGUACACGAUGAGAACGGUUGUUACAAUACUUGCAAUUUUCCUUGCACAACAUGUGCAUUCGCGUGCCGCGCCUAAACCAUUGCCCAAACCAUUGCCUGAAGCAUGGCCUGAGGCACAGCCUGAAUCAUUGGCUGAACCAGGUUUUUUUUUCGGUAGCGAUGAAUCAGAUCCGAUGGACUGUGCCUCCGGUGUUAACGUGGUAUCGGUGAUGGUGUACAACAGUGAUGUCAAAGGCGAAAAUAUGAGUGCGAACGACAUGUGUACGUACGUUAAUCCAUCGCAACAGGUCGCCUUUGUAACCCAUGGCUUCAUCAGCUCCAUACAAGACAAUAAUUUUGUAGACUUGGCCACUCGAUUGGCAGAGAAAGGUUACACGGUAUUUGGGGUAGAUUGGUCUCAAGGAGCCUGCAGUGGGGUGCCCACUUUCACGAAGUAUGAAUAUGCGGUGACGAACACUGUUGGAGUAGGCCGCCGCGUGGCAAGCUAUAUCGAAAAAUUGGUCACGGACUGCCACGUUCCGUUGGCAAACAUCAGACUGAUCGGCCACAGUCUUGGCGCACACGUGUCCGGCUUUGCCUCGAAAGAGGUUCAGAACAAGCAGCUCGGCACGAUUCCACUAAUUGUUGCCGCCGAUCCCGCCGGCCCAACGCUUGGUAGCAAGGACUGCAACGAGAGACUCUGUAAAACAGAUUGCAACUGUCUAAAAGUUCUUCAUACAUCUACGUUGUAUGGAAUAACAAGGCCUAUCGGUCAUCUGGAUUUGCAGUUCAAUGGUGGAUCUUCGCAGCCAGAUUGUAUUUUGCAAUCGUGUUCACAUACUUCAUCUGUCAGCUAUAUAACCGAUACGUUGAAGAGUAAAUGCGCAUUCCCUGGGAUUCCUAUGACAAACGAUAGCACACCCGUGUAUCCUAGUAACACCGAAACGAAUUGCAUUCUCGUAAACGACAAUUUAUUGGACACCAGCUGUUCCAUCCAGGGAGAAUACUAUGUAUUCGUCAAUAAUGACACCUUCUGUACGGAGAAUCCUCCACAAAAAUGCCAACAGUAAUAAUAGUAAGUCGUUGAAUUAAAAAUUUUAAUCUUGUUACUAUAAAAAUAAAAUUUUACAAUAGAAAAUUGUAAAUAAAUAAUUAAAUUACAUCGUUUGACCAGUAUGCAGACCUUUCUUUUUCAAGAUCCUUGAGCCAUUACCGAAAAAAACCGAAUCACUGUAAUUUAAAUAU